AUGGGUGAGGGAGCAGGAAGUCGGAGGCCGGUGGCGGAGCUACGAGGAGCGGAAGAUGGCGGCGACGGCUCACAGGCCAGGUCUCAGCCCCAAGAGGAAUGGAACCAGAGGCCUACAACCCAGAAACGGGAGCCUGGCGGCUGUACCAAGCCAGUGGCCGAGCUGUACCUACUGGAGGCGACCCCGGCCCUGGUCCUGGGCGUCGACGCCCCCGAGGGAGCGGGCGGCCAGGCAGAAGGCGCGGCGUUCACCGAGGUAGGCCAUGGCACCGGGAACGACUCCCCCUGCGCAAAGACCCAGCUUGAGAAAGGUCAGGAGCAGCCACCUGAAGGAGGACUGGCCGCCAGCACUCAGGAGCAGUUCUUCCUCUUGCAAGUGAGGCCCGGGGAUGAAGGAAAAGACGAAAUGAUUCUGACAAUUUCCAACUUAAAAGUUGAAGCACAGCCAGAGAGACUGACCACCGGUCUAGCCAAUGUGGAAAAGCCCACAGCCAGGAACAGCCAGAGGGAGACAGUGGACACAAAAUGCGCCUUCCGCUGCAGCGUCUGCCCAUUCGCCACCUCGGGGAUCUCGAGUCUGAACCGCCACAUGAAAACGCACACCAGCGGGAAGGCACACGUGUGCCACCUCUGCCAGAAGGCGUUCCGCACCGUCACGCUCCUACGCAACCACAUCAACACGCACACAGGAACCAAGCCCUACAAGUGUGUGGAGUGCAAUGCAGCGUUUGUGACCAGCGGGGAGCUGGUGCGGCACCGGCGCUACAGACACACCCACGAGAAGCCCUUCCGCUGCUCGCUCUGCCAGUAUGCCAGCGUCGAGGCCAGCAAGCUGACCCGCCACAUCCGCUCGCACACGGGCGAGCGCCCCUUCCAGUGCCACCUGUGCAGCUACGCCAGCAAGGACGCCUACAAGCUGAAGCGCCACCUGCGGACCCACUCAGGAGAGAAGCCGUACGAGUGCCAGGUCUGCCACGCCCGCUUCACCCAGAGCGGCACCAUGAAGAUGCACGUGGCUCAGAAGCACAGUGAGAAUGCGCCCAAACACCAGUGCCCCCGCUGCGCCACCCUCAUCGCCAGGAAGAGCGACCUGCGUGUGCACCUGCGCAACCUGCACGGCUACAGCGCCACGGAGCUCACGUGCCGCCACUGCCCCGCCGCCUUCCGCGAGCGCUACGCCCUCCUGCAGCACCAGCGGAGCCACAGGAGCGAGAAGCCGUUCGUGUGCCAGCACUGCGGCUACGCCUGCCAGCAGGAGUGGCACCUGGCGGCCCACAGGCGCAUUCAUACGGGAGAGAAGCCCUUCGCCUGCCCGGCCUGCGGCAGAUGCUUCCGGCAGACCCAGCUGCUCAGUGUGCACAUGAAGAAGUACCAAGAUCCCAGCUUCGUCCCCACCGUCCACCAGUGCCCCGGGUGUGGCAAAGGCUUCUCCCGCGAGGAACAUAACAUGCACCGCCACACGGAGCAGUGCGGCCUGGCACCGGAGCACCCCGGCCUCUCGGGCGAGGGUCGGGCGGGGAAGAGCGCGCCGGCGGACCCCGGACCCACGGGCUGCAGGGAUGAUGGCGCUGCGGGGGAGAGCCGCCCCACGCGGGCGGAGCCGGAGGCGGCGCAGCGAGUUGAGAGCAGCAGCAUGGCCACAUUUGAACACACGCACCUCUUGAGCAUCGCUGAGUGUGAGAAGCCGCGUGUGGCUGUCCGCUCACUCUGUUCUGUGAGUUCCGGAGUGGUUCUUCAGGUGUCCCGAUGCGUGAACUUCGUUGCUCCUGGCGAGUUUCUACUCAGCGUCAAAUGCCUGGUCUUGAAAAUGGGUCACCUCUGGUUGAUUGCGAACACCUCCUUAUUGGGCUUGCCCCCAAAGGUCAGGCACACUCGGGUGGGUCCCCAGCAGCACUGUCACAGUAACCAAGAGCAGCUCCUCAAGAGAGAGGACGUGUGUCCUGAGCGGAGGAACAGGAUGCGGCGUAAAGAGGAAAGCUGCUCGGCCCAGGUGAAGGUCCAGGGGGAGCUGCUGGUGCCCACGGACACACAGCUCGCCAGCCUGAAGCCCGUUCUGGGCUCCUUCCCCACCCUCACAGAGGAUCUGGUGGUCCCCCUGCUGGCCAGGCUCCAGGCGUUUUACUCUGGAAGGUUCUGCCCUAAAGAGCAGUCUGGGCUCUUGCUAAGGAAUGGAAGAAGGCAGAGCUCUGUGCGCUGUGUGACCUGGGUCAUGGGACUCGCUGGCCUCUUCCACACGGUGACCACCGCACACAGGACCGUGACACAGCGACCCCUUACGCGCUGCCCGGCCAGCACGCUGUGCGGCGCUGUCUGUGGGAAGGUGAACAGUCCCUGUGUCCGCAAGCCUGCUUUGUCCUGUGCCCAGCUGUUACUCUCGGACUGGAGAGGCCCAAAGCCAGCGCUCACUGGACGGGCAGGUGGCUUCCAGUCAGCCCUGGAUCGGCGGCUGCGUACAGACAGACACUAG